AUGCAAGGCCAGCCUCAUCCAAGGCCGUUACACCUGGCGGCACAUCCAGGUGCUCAAGUGUCUUGCUGCGGUGCUGAAAAAUUGACGGACAAGUGUGAAUGCCCUUCCUCCCACAUCAUCCCAGUGCCAGCCAACACCAUUUGUUCGGGAGGAUUGCAACAUCAUUUCCAUAACAUCUCCCACGGCUUCAUCGCUGCUGAUACAAUGGAACAGACUCCUGGGUUUAACAAAUUAUUUUUUGGACCUUCGGGUUGUGAACGACACCACGAUCAGCCCAACGGUGGUGGUGAUCCCCGAGAAUCACCGGGCACAUCUCAGCUAACAAUUUCAAAGGCAAUAUCCAGUACAUCCAUCAGGCUAGAAUGGGAGUGGGUGCAAACAGCAACACAAUACUACUUGCUGAUAAAUUCAACGUUGGCAGGAGACAAGUACAACUUGUCUUUUACAACUAAUAACACAGUGGUCAAAAAUCUUCGGCCACAAACCACCUACGACUUUUACGUGGUCACUGCCAACUCCGGAGGUCUAGGGGCAAGAAGCACAGUGCGAACCAUCACUACAUUGAUACAGCCUCCGGCGGUGAUCACAGAACAACAGACGGGCACGCAGUCUGUCCACAUCAGUUGGCAAGCUGUGGAAAAGGUUCUGGUCUAUCAAGUCACAGUCAGAAAUCUCAGCAGUACAAUAUUUUCAAACCGUGUGUUCACUACCACGCUGGACCUGUAUAACAUCACCCCCUGUUCCUCAUUCCAAGUCUCGAUAUCUUCGGUUAAUGCUUUAUUGGAAGCUGGAGAACCAAGGGAUGUGAACUAUUCAACAAAUAUUCUGAGUGCAGUGACGGCAAUCUCAGUGGACUACAGGUGCGUUACAUCAUCUGCAGUGGUGUCGUGGGCAACCGUGUUGGGUGCCACCGCUUACAGGGCCGUUGCCGUAAGCCACAACGGUACGGUUCUGUCCUGCACCUCCAGCAGUCCACAGUGCCAACUCAGUAAUCUGUUGUGUGAUGAGAAUUAUGAGGUGCAUGUCACUGCCAUGUCAAACAACUGCCAGAGCACUGAAGGCAAUUCCACAUACUUCCAAACAGGUCCCUGUCCACCGACAGAUCUGAUGCUGUACAGGGAGUGCAGCAGUAAUGUCAUUGUCUUCUCAUGGUCUCCCAACAACUUCUCAGCCUAUUACUUUGCUCAGGCUGUGGACUCCACAGGAAAGGUUAUGGAAUGCAUGACCACAGAGAGUUCCUGCUUCUUCACCGACACCGUCUGCGGACGCCAUUACAACUUCACGAUCUACGGGUCUUCUGCGUCAGUCAGCGAGCAGUGUAACAGUGCACUCAGUCCAGUGAUGAACAUAAGCACUGCACCCUGCCAGCCAACAUACAUGGAUACAUCAACGAACUGUCAGACGGAUGUUCUUACCAGCAAUUGGGAUGCUUCAAAUGGAGCGCUGCAGUACAGGGUGGAUGCCUUCGGUAACCGUGGAAACUACAGCCACUAUGUGUGUAACUCAGUAACACAGAGCUGUAAUAUCUCGGGCAUACAGUGUGGGGAGAGUCUUACCAUGCUGAUCACUGCUAUGGAUGAUGAGUGCAGCAGUUCUCUGGCUAUCGGACAGGUGGCACAGACUACGCCCUGUGCACCUCAUAAUGUGUCUAUGCUGACGGACUGCGGUUCAGAUUCCAUUACUCUGAUGUGGGAAAUGGCAUUCGGUGCUUUAUUCUACAUUGCAACUGCAACAGAUGAACUCGGGAACACUUACACUUGUACCUCAAUAGAAGCACGUUGCCAAAUCACUGGUCUCCGCUGUGGAGCCACAUACAGCGCCUUUGUGAUUGCAUCCAACAUGAAAUGCAACAGCUCUAUUAGUAACACCAUCAUUACAAAAACAGCUCCUUGUCCCCCUGGGGAUGUACAAGCUGUCCUGGACUGUCAGGCGAACCAGGCGCUGGUGAGCUGGAUGGGGUCUCAGGAUAUGAUAUCAUUCACUGCCACCAUAGAGGACCAGGUCGGUGGGCUUCUAAGCUGUAGCACCACUGCCAACAGCUGUCGUAUUCCCAACCUAAGGUGCGGCCAGGUUUACGCAGUCAGCGUAACGCACUAUGAUGGAAUCUGUCCUAGUAUGCCUUCAGGUGCUAUACAACUGAAAUCCGGUAAGAAAUAA